UUGAGAAAGAGGGCAACAAUUUUCAUUCCCAGUAAAUUCCUUCAAGUCCUUCUUCUUCCUACCUUGAAGCAUGUCUGAACCUUCUUCUUAGUCUCCUCUCCUACCAAAACAAAUUCCCCUCUUUCUCUCUCUCUCUUUCUCUCCAAAAACAGACAAAAAAAGAAAGAAAGAAUGAAAGAGAGUAAAAACAAUACUCAUGAUCAUGAUGAAGAGGAAGAAGAAUAUGACACAAAGGAGGAAGAAGGAGAAGAAGAAUUAAUUGAUGAAGCAGAGAGCAAGAGAAAGAAUAAGAAGAGUAGAACAGUUCAUCAUGAGGAGAGUCAUGAUGAUGAUGAUGAAGAUGAUGAGAAGAUGAGCAAAAACACGACAACAAACAGCAACAACUCUGGAUCUGUCCGACAAUACAUUCGUUCCAAGAAUCCCAGGCUUCGUUGGACACCCGAUCUCCAUCUUUGCUUUAUUCAUGCUGUUCAGAGAUUAGGUGGCCAAGAUAGAGCAACACCUAAGCUUGUUCUUCAAACGAUGAAUGUAAAGGGGCUCAGCAUAGCUCAUGUCAAGAGCCAUCUUCAGAUGUAUAGAAGCAAGAAGGUAGAUGACCCAAAUCAAGCUAUGCCAACAGAAGGCCUUCUCAUGAGUGGUAGAGAUCAAGUUUUCAACUUUAGCCAACUUCCCGUGUUACAAACUUUCACUCAAAUUCCCAUUUCCAAUUUUAGUUGGCCAGGAGGAAAUCGCUAUUCACGAAGUUAUAGUUUUAACGAUCAGUUAUCUCAAUCAACCGGAGUUCAUCAUAGAUCCAACACCGAACAUCUUCAAGAGAACAUCCUUAAACUUGGAAACCGAGGAUUAUUGCAAAAGAGUUUAAGUGAUGAUAUUGUUAAGCAAAUGCAAGCCCACCAGCAAUCUAAUUCGGCUCCCACAGAAUUAUUAGAAGAGAAGCGAAAAGGGUUGAAAAGAAAGAUUGGAGAUCAUGAAGAUAACCUAGAUUUGGACCUCUCUUUGAAAAUAAGUGGAAGAAGUACUAAAGAUCAUGAUGAUGAUGAUGAUGAGGUAAUUAAGAAGGGUUUAGGAUUGUCUCUUUCUUUUCUUCCAUCAUCUUCUUCUUCUUCAUCAUCAUGCUUAAAAUAUAGGAGUAAAAUUGAGGAUCAGGAAGAUGGUCAUAGACAAAAGGGAAGUGCCCUAGACUUGACUUUGUGAAUGAAGACAAGUUUAAGUGAGAUUCUGAGACAUUUGAAUCAGAUCAGACAAGACAGAAUUAAAAAAAAAAAAAUUAAUUAUUUGUCAUGUACCAGAAACCAGCUUAUUUUAUUUAAAAAGGGUAAAAGUUACAACUGGGUCUGGUCUUGGUUGUUGUUAUUAUAAUUAAUUUGAUGUGGAUCUGUGUUUUCCUGUAUUUUAGUAAUUGAGAGUUGUUGAUAUAUAAUUGUAUUCAUUUCCAACACAUAGAGAAUUUCAUCUUAAUUUUGAUUCUUCA